UUCAGUCGCUAGUGAUGAGCUGCGGUGAUGAUGGAGCUCAUGCUGCUGCUCCUCCACACCUUGGCUUACUUCACACCCACAGGCUCAGCAGAUCCAAAAGGAAGGAUUAUCCUACGAAGUGGAGGAGAAUCACCAUGUGAAGGACAUGUAGAGGCUUAUUAUGAGGAUAAAAAGACCUAUGUUGGAGAUAAAUACUGGAACGCUAGUGCAGAAGAAGUGGUGUGCCGUAGCACUCAUUGUGGAAAACCGAUAAGUUCCACAGAUGUUUAUAGACCUCUCAAAAGCAGAGUCGUGCUCAAUGAACUGAAAUGUCAGGGGAAUGAAGCGAGUCUUUGGGACUGUCCCGGCUGGCCAGGUAGUGAUGGCUUCAGUUUUUACAAGAAGCCCACAGUUAAAAAGAUCAGUUGUUCAGAUAAGAUUGAGAUCAAAAAACUACUGUUCCAAUGCGAGGGAACGGUCCGGUACUCUGUUAACUCCAAAGAUCAUGGUUACAUCUGCGAAGAGGAGUUUGGAAAAAUGGAGGCCGAUAUUUUGUGUAAACACAUUGACUGUGGGGAGUGGGGAAAAAUUCUACGGCCUGAAGAAAUCCUUGAAACAUCGAAAAUGAAGUCGAUAAACUGCGAAGGUAUUGAAGAUGUGACUCAUCCUUGGCAGUGCGUAAAAUCAGCACCCAAAUCCUGCAAACGCGCUGCUAGGAUCACAUGUAAAGAUCAUAAAAGGAUGCAGCUGAGAGGACACAACUCCAAUGUUUGUUCUGGUCAACUGGAAAGGGAAAACGAGAAUGGAGAGUGGAUACCUGUCAACAGCAACAGCAGCAGCAGCAACAACACAUCGGAACUGUGUUCCGACAUGCACUGUGGUGCAAAUGGAUACUUCACCCACAGCGACAACGGCCUGCAUCUAACCUGCUCAGGUAACAACAUUGGAACCGAAAUGAUUAGUGUUUCAAGAAAAGCGAUGUUGGACCAUGUGGAAUGCAGUGGGACGGAGUCGUCACUGUGGCACUGUAGAGCUAAGCAUCAAAGUGAUACACAAUGCUCAAACGUCCCUUAUGUUAUCUGUUCAGAGAGUGUGAGUGUAAACCUACGGGGUGGUCCUGGACACCUUGCUGGAACACUGGAAGUAGAGUAUGAGGGCGAGUGGAAAACAGCUAUUCGUUCUCCUACUGACAAUUCUGAUCUGUCCAAUAUCGUCUGCGAAAAACUGAGAAAAACUGAGAACGGCACAAAAAGGAGCUCUCAAUAUGUUGAAAACAGUAAUAAGAAAUUCCUGGUUUUGGAAAAAUGUGACUCAAAAACAGAGAUAUCUGACUGCAUAUCAAAAAAUAAACAGCAGUCCAACCCCAAGGGCUAUGAAUCCAUCGACAUCACCUGUCCGGAGAAUAAGGUUCUUUUCCUGCAUGGGAAUCAGCCAUGCUCUGGCACUGUUGGGAUCAUGUACAAGGAGAAAAAAUAUUCGCUCUCUUGGUCUAAUCAGACCUGGAACAUAGAUUUAGCAAGCAAGAUAUGCCAGGAGUUGCACUGUGGGAAUGCUUCCAAGAUUAGUUCAUCCACCAACAUCCAAUCCGAUGGAAUAAUUAAGCCUGAUAACUGUUUAUCUAGCAACAAAUCUCUCGUUGAAUGUGAAUUAGAAGAGAACUCUGCCUCCAAUCAGACCUUUGCUGCAGUGAAAUGUACAGGCACCAUCAGCGUGAAUCUGACAAACACCUGCUGGGGAUAUGUCAGCAUUACUACGGCAGACAAAAAUGGUUUUGUGGCUGAAGAUGCUUGGGAGGAAAAAAUGUCUGAGAAACUGUGCAAAGAGCUGUCAUGUGGUUCUUCCAUGCCAUCUAUAGAUGAGAGUCAGACAGAAGAACAGAUUGCCUUUAAGAGUUUGCAUGAUCUGAAUAAUGUGGGGACUGACAGGAAACUGAACCAGUACAGUUUGGUUUAUGCAAACGACUCACCUAGACGUAAACGGGCCUAUGUUGUUUGUAAAAAGAGCAUCAAACCAAGAUUCAAGCCGUCUCGUGACCACUGUUCUGGGAACGUGGAAGUGUUGUAUGAAGGCCUUUGGCUCCCAGUGCAUAAAGAUGCUCUCAAAGAUAAAAAUACUCAAAAAACCAUCUGUGAGGAGCUAAAGUGUGGGGCAGGUUGGGUACAGACGACUCCCCAUUUAGGGCCUUCAAAGGAGACUCAUCUCAUCAAAGAAUUGCAGUGUGAUAAAUCUAGGAGGUCACUAGCACUGUGUAAAAAAAUUGCUGCGGAGAAAGCGGAUAAAAACAUCAUCAAAGCUUCAGACCUUGGAGGCCUUAUCUGCUCCAAUUGGAGUAAGAUGGCACUUGAAGUGGAGGACUCCUGUAAAGGAAAAGUGGUUGUUUACUCUGGACAAACUGACCAAGACGAAGAGGCAAAAAGAAGUUUCGUCUCUUUUGAAGGCUGGACACAGAAAGAAGGAGAGAUGCUCUGUAAAGAUCUGCACUGCGGCCCAUAUAUAAAUAUAAAACCCAUUAAAGAUGCUGAGAUUAAUUCUUUAUGGAAUAAAAAGUUUAGUUGUUCUGGAAGAGAGAAAAGCAUUUGGGAAUGUAAGACCGAACCAAACAAUAACACAAAGACAGAAAAAGUCAUCCUUGAAUGUAAAGGUGAACCUAAAGUUGCCCUGUCUAAUGGCUGCAGUGGAGAGCUGACAAUAGAUGACAAGCGAGUGUGUAUGAGUCAGUGGACGGAGGAAGACUCUCAUAGAGUUUGCCAAGAACUGAACUGUGGCAACAGAAUUUACAAUGAGACUCUAAAAAGCAAGGAGAAGUCCUUCCAUGUUCACUGUGAUGAGCACCAUUACCGCAUUGGUCAGUGUCAGAGGGUAGAAGCGCCUUGCGACGCGGGUACGGUGUUUCUUACCUGUGCAGGUGGUGUUCGUUUCUGGGCAUCAGACGGGUGCGGUGGUGUUCUCUCGGUCAAUUAUAAAGGAGAACCAGAGAAUUUGUGCCAAGACGGCAUUUCUGAAACGAUAAAGGAGGAACUGUGUAAAGAAUUAGUCUGUAACAACAAAACCCAACCUAUAAAGAACAAAAAAGUAGAAACCAGUCUUGUCUGCCCGAACAAUCGUCUAAAAAAUCUUCGUUACUGUAUAAAUGACACCUGUUCAAGUGGGAAAUCAGCGAAUAUCCAAUGUGUUGGAUACACGACGCCCCCGCCUUCUUCCCCGCCUACUGCUCCACCAGAUCCUAUUCCGAUUGUUGUCGGUGUGCUGCUCUGUCUUAUUCUGGUGGUAUUGAUUGUGAUAUUUGUGCGAUACCGUAUUAACAGAAGAAAAAUGAAAGCCAUGAUGCCACCAGCGGAUAUGGAAGAAGCGGACUGGGAUAGUGGAGAAUAUGAGGAUGUUGACAAAUCAGACGAAGUAGACAGUUUUAGACGUGGCCGUAAGUAAAAAAAAAAAAGACUAACCAGCUAAUUUUCAGUUUUACACAGUUUUGAAAAACAAUCCUCGAUGGUUCAUGAAUGUCUGUUUGAAUCAGAAUCAGAAAAAUGUUUCACAGGUGCGAGGAAUUGGGUUUGGUGAUUAGGUGCUACACUAGCAGCCAUUCAAAAUGGCCCUUCCCAGUGAAAUGUCAGCCGAAUGGCAGCCUACUUCCAGCCGCUGGAGUGACCCCCUCCUUCUCCUGGGCAU